AUGUCGACGGACAUCAAAGCUAGCGCUUCGACUGGUGACACUGGUUGUAGCAUCCAGGACGCACAGUGCCGCAAGUUGACAGAGGUCUGCAUGAAGCAAGCAGCACGCCUGGAACAGAUGCACGACGAUCUAGACAAGGCGAAGCAGAGUGAACAAGCCGCUCGCAAGGAGCUCGAAAGAUCACGUCAAACUUUGGAGCAAGAGCGUGCAGAGUUUGGAGACAAAGUGGAGCAAAUGGCUGCAUUCCAGGCCGCGCUGCAGCGAGAAAAUGAUCUAUUAUUGGAGGAGCUCAUCUCCGUCUUGGGUCGGACAAAAGCUCUGAGAGCAGAGAUGGUAUGGCUGCAGCGCUUCCUUCCUGCAGCUGACCGCUCCGGUUCGAUCAGCAAGCCGUUGCAGAAGGGGAUGCGGGCCGGCUACGGGUCCUUCUUCACCUUCGACCCCGCAGGCUGCUGCUGUUGGUGCAAUUCCAAUGCCUCGCUCCUGCAGACCAGUUUCUCUGGAGACCCAUCUGUUCCAGUGCGCCGUGCAUCGGAAGUCAACGAGCGGGGCCCACCUGAAGCAGCCGCAUUUUCUGCUUGCAGGCCUGCCCCGGCCCACCAGAGAAGCCCGGUCUUCGUGUAA